GGCGCCGCGCUUCCGGGCGGGCAUGGCGGGCGGCGGCGAGGAGCCCUUCGCGCCCUCGGCGCUGGGCACCAGGCCGCAGUGAGUGGUGGACUGCGGGCAGGGCCGGCACCGGGAGCGGCACCCAGCCUGCGGGACUGCCUGGCCUUCUCAAAGCCGUUUGGUUUCGGUUGUGAAGUGGGCUCCAGCUGGGAUGCGGCGUAUGAGAGAGAGCUGCAAGCUUUUCAGGAGACGGGAGACGCUGGGGAAAUUUGGUAAUUAAACCAACUCUGCCGGAAUGUGCCUGCUGUUUGCUUCUGAAGGGGACGGUGCCAGAAUGCAGCCUGUGGGUUUGGAGAAGAAAGCAUGGUUCGCAUAAUCAGAUGGUUGGAGAAACAAAAGGUGCCCCUUGACAGCUCUGUGCUUGACAUUGGAACUGGGAAUGGUGUUUUACUGAUUGAAUUGGCAAGAAAUGGCUUCACUAACCUCACUGGGAUUGAUUACUCACCUUCUGCAAUACAACUUUCAGAAAAAGUAAGGGAGAAAGAAGGGAUGUCUAACAUUAAAUUACUGGAUUUGAAGUUGUGGAGGAGCUGCCAACACCCAAGUUUUGCUUUGGAGGAAGAAUUGGAAACAGUGUAACAGCAUUGGUUUUCCAAAGAAAAAAGUGAGACCAUCCAUCUUGGACAAAUUAGAUUAGCUGAGAAAAGUCUGAACUUUAAAGUAAGCCUGACAGCAAACCUCAGACACGUGUGUAAAUAAAUGUUAUUUGAGUACACAGUUAAAUGCUAUGUAUGGAACUCUAAGGGACUAUAAAACAUUGCCCUAGAAACAUAACAGCUUUGCAUAACUUGCCUGUAAAUUUUGUCCUUGCUACAACCUCACUCGUUUCAGGGAAGCUGCAAGUUUGAGAGAGACAAGUAAGUCAUUUUAAAUAUUGACUGAGAUGGGCGAAUGAUGUUUGCAUUUGGAGUAUAAAGAUUAUCUGCUAUUUAAUUUCUGGAUUGGUAAUCGGUGAUGAAUAGAAGCAGAGGUGUUCUACAAAGUAAGUCUCAUUUCUCUGUUGUGGUAUAAUUGGAAACAAGCUUUUGAGAUGUAGGUGUUGGACCUUUUAUUUUUGCCGUAGGUAAACAUGAAUGUAACUAUUAAGGAGGGAAAUGAAUAUAAAAGCUGAAAGUCUUGCAAAAAAAAAAGGGCCAGUCAGUGCUGUACGUUCAGAAGUUCUGGGGCUAAGUGUGGUUCUGGCUCCACUGAAACAGCUUGAUUCUUUCCCCACAGAGGCCGACUAUUGAGUGCUUUUACAGAUCUCACCCAAUGUAGGCUUGCUUCAUAACUUGCUUCCACUGAUCCCAUAAUUGUAUAAAGGUGUGACAUUGUAAUCUCACUAACAUGUGACAUAUGCCUCUUUCUUUACUAAUUUUCUAUAUAAUGAUGUCCUAAGAGCCAGCAAAGACCAUAUGUUUUCCAGUGGAUUUCUCAGGAUACAUUUUAGUUGCGUAAUGAAGAGGAGUUUACCUAUAAAUCCACACUCUGUGAGAUAACUGGGAUUUAGGGCAAGUUUGAGGCAGAGUUCCUGAGCCUGUCAGCUUCUCAGGACUGCACUGAAGUUUUCUGGUAGAACACUCAAGGAAUGAAAAGAGCGAGCCUGCAGAUAGGUGGUGCUAUGGGAAGGAAGGACCAGGAACAGAAAAAACAGAGUGGCACCCACAAGUGAAAUAGUUUUGAUUCCUAACUUGGUAGUGGCCUCUCUUCAGUCUCAAACAAGCGCACAAAGCUAUCACUUGGGUCCAAUGAUUUCUGCAUCUGAUCUGUAGCUGGCAAUAUUCUUAGGCCUGUGCACUUUGAACUAUCACUGGAGAGUAGAAGAAUGCUUGUAAAACAUGUUGAGGAGGGCGUUUUUAAGGCAGUAAUAAUCAAAGGCCUGCUGUUUGAAGCCUGCUGUUAGAAACCUGACCCUUAUGAAUAAUGGAGUCUAGGCAGCAGCUGUAAUAGUGACUUGAAUAAUGUUUUUUUUACUGACUGGUAAGGUUUGGAAACGACAUGUCAAAGAACGGCCUUGAUUUCUGGGCAGUUCACCUUGCUAGAUGGUUUUUCACGAAGGUAUAAUCUCAGGAUGUCUGUGCUUCUCAGUGAAAAACCUCUUAAAAGAGGCAGAGAAAUAAACCAUAAGUUAGGAGCAGUGAGGCUUUGCUUGUGGUUUGGAGAGCUUUAUGGCAGUUCAUAAAGGUGGAUAUCUGCAUGAAUACACAGUUGUGUGACUUUCGGUGUCAGCUGCAAAGCUAAACUACAGGAGAGUAAAUACAGCAUUUGAAAUGCAUUCUGCUCCUAUUGUGUUUCUCUCCGGAGAUUUUGCUUGUGAUUUCUCUGUCAAGUAUGAGAUUUGUGGGUAGUAAAACUAACACCAUCCCUGGUUCUCAACAACCUUUUUCUUUAGUCCUGAGUUUAGGUUGGAUGGCGCUGCAGGGCCAGCAUACCUUUAUGGAGCUGUGAAUAGCUUUGCAUAAAAGGUAGGCAGGACAGAGAGGGAUUAUGUUCCUUUGUUGAUCUACUGCAUGCCAAAGGCUGACAUUCCCUGAGUGCUGGUGGGCUUUGCACCUGGCUUCAUGAGCCAGAGUCCAAGCUCAAAGAGAUGCCUGGAAAGACUGGAAAGGAAAGGGUGGUGUCAACCACUGUCCUCCAGAGGGAUCCACUGCUUUGAAAUGAAGUCUCUCCCAUUCUCCUUAAGCACUGAAACCUCAAGACUAGGGCAGAGAUCUCAUCUUCUAAGCCAGGUGUUUUCAGUAUGGGCAGCUCUAGUGAUGCAUGAACUGCUUGGAGCUGGUGGUUGUGGCUGGGCUGUGCAGGUCCUGCUAGCCACUGCUGACCUUUUCUUCCUGGAAGAUGGCUUUUACAAUAGAAGCCCUCCAAGCAGCACCUCCACAACCAGCUGCUUUUUGGUACAGCUCUGACCCCCAGUACCUGGCUCCUGCUAUCUGCCAUUGCCAAGCAAAUAAUAGACUCACAGAACGGCCUGGGUUGCAAAGGACCACAAUGCUCAUCCAGUUCCAACCCCCUGCUAUGUGCAGGGUCGCCAACCAGCAGCCCAGGCUGCCCAGAGCCACAUCCAGCCUGGCCUUGAAUGCCUGCAGGGAUGGGGCAUCCACAGCCUCCUUGGGCAGCCUGUUCAGUGCGUCACCACCCUCUGGGGGAAAAUGUGGCUCUUGUGCUGCUGAGUGGGCUGGGAGCAUUUUACCUGGGGGAGAGCAGACUCGGAUUUUUGUGGGUUGUACUGGGGAAGUGAACUGUCAGAAUGAAAUAUCUGAAGACCAAGUGAAAUUAAUAAGUAUUGAUUCAAGAAGGCCUAUCUUUACAGGUGGAAUUCAGUUAAAGCAUAGGGUAAAUAGGUUCUCGGGACAAAAAAACCUUUUUGUUUUCAGCAUCACAGCACUUUCUUGAAGUAAAAUCUACUCCUAUAAUCAUGUUGCUAUAAAUCAAAAGGUGGGAAAUACCAGAUGUGAAAACUGUAACACGAAUGAAUGAACACAGAAGAUUCAGAAGAAAGAAUAGCGUUGCCUUGCUCCUUGACUUCCUUCUUGGUGACCAAACUGUUAUUUAUAUGAAAGUAUUUUCAUUUAAUGGUCAUUGCUCCCUAAGGAGCAAAGAGUCAACGGCAGUGCAGUCUGUAGGGUGUUUUUUUAAAGCUAUUUUUUUUUGAAGGCUAAGAAGAUAUGGAAUUGAUAUUCUCGUGUUAAAUGUAAAUAUAAUUCUUGGGUCUAAAAGCAAGAAUUUAUGGGAGCUACAAUUUUUUUGAAGGUAUGCUGGAUUACAUGUGGAACACUAACAGAAUUAUGGCAGCUGAUGUACCAGGGAGGGCAGUAGUGAUGAAGCUGCAGUCUAUCUGUUCUAUUUGGAGACUGUUCAAGUCUUUGUAGAGGGCACUGGGUAGAAAUAACUGCAGUGUACUGAGGUCAUAUCUACAUACAGACAUGGGCUCUCCCCCUCCAUUUCAAACUCAGUGCUGUAGCCUGAUUAAUGACCACCAGGAAUGGCCUGCUGUCCCAGUUGUACUGCAGGAUUUGGGGUGUUGGGCACCUAUAGUGACUGGAGAAUCCCAGCUUUCAGUUCAGGAACUGCAGGAGUCACUUUCCUGAUUUACUUUUUAUCUUUCAGAACAGUUUCAUAACGGAGCUGUCAGAUGUUGGGGAUUUCAGUCCUGCCAGUGUGACCCCUUGCUCUUCCUGGCGUGUGUCCCACCACGUGGAUCUUGGCUGUGGGUCUCGGGGGAGCAAACACAGUGUGCAGACAGCGCUGUGUUUCAGAGGCUGACCUUAGGACACCUGUGUAGGGUCAAAGGCCUGAGUGGAGAAAUGAGGCCAUGACUCCACUCUUAGCAACAGGGCUCACUGUCCAGGUGCAUGGGGUGUGUGAUGCCCAUGAGGCUGAGAAGUGGGGCUGACACUCAUCCUGGCAGCAUCUCUUUAUGCUGCCAUUUGUGUUAUUUCCUACCAGAGAAAAAACGUGAGUAUGGUAUUUAGCAACGUACAGCAAAGUUCUCAGUGCUUUGGCACUCAGCUGGCUUUCUGAAUCUCGGCACACCGAAAGGUGAAGAAUGUGCCUCACUACAACAGGAACUGCUUUAUUGUAUGGACCCAUUCAACAUAUGGGAUCAUCUCCUGUAAAACACACGAGGAACACUUACAAAGUAAACAGACCAGGGCUUUGCAUUGCCGCAAGGAGACCCACCUGCCUUUGUGCUUCCGUGGUGCAUUGCCUUUGCCUGGGCUUUGUGAUGCUUCCCUUCCUUCAGACGGGUUGGCUCUGCUCUGCCCCAUGGCUGGAAGGCCCUUGGGUGCCACCUAACCCUGCUGGGCAGGGGAACAGCCCGUGGGUGGCUGGGGCUAUCCGGGGAAAAGGGAUGAACCGUUACAGCAUCGAGAUGGAGGAGGGAAAGGAACGCUGGUGUGUUUUAUUUGAUACAGGGGGAAAGCCAAGCCGUGGCUUAAUUUCCAUUUGUUAGGUAACAGUAUAGCUUGAAAUGAGCGGAUUUCUAGGUUACUGGAAAGUAAACGGGCUGCUUGAUGGAGCCAUAUAAACUCUGGAUAAUAUCAAGUGCGUACACUUGUGCUGGAAGGCAGGGCUACCAAACACUGUGAGAGAAGAGGAACCAGCCUCAGUGCAGCCACUUGAACGGCCAGGUGCUCACGGACAGCAUCACAGGCCAAGCAGAAAGGGGAACCACCUGCACUUGCUUUCUGUAGCCGAUGUAGGGUACCAGCUCUCCUUGUCCAGGAACACCGAGAUAGCAUAGAAUGCAUUGCAUUAGAAAGACAUGGAAAAUAGAUUCCUGCAUUGAGGACAUUGCACACUGCUGGCAGCCCGUGGCCAGCCCGUGUCUGACUGCACGGAGGACGAGAGGUGAGCAGUGCUGUGCUUGGGCUGAGCUGUGGAAGCAGACAGAAAGCUGCCUUCUGCUCGGCUCUUGGAGCCCAGCUGUGUGCUGCAAGGGCUGCCACGGGGAUGGAUUCAAUUAUACUGCAAGCCUGAUUGCUAAACGUUAGCUGGGAAACCAUACGAACUCUAUGCAGACUUGAUUGCCCAAAGUUCUGCAAAAGGAGCUUGCAAAUGUUUUAUUUUCAUUGUUACCGAACCUAUCUGAUCAUCGUUUAAGUGGGAUGGAGGAGCUUGUAGUAGAACGGCUUGGAUUGGAAGGGACCUCAAAGAUCGUUCGGUUUCAACUCGAGCGAGGCUGCCAGCCGAUAAAUGGACCGCUGCAUCGGGCCGCCCCGGGCACCUCCGGGGCCGCAGCUCUCCGGGCGGCCGGAAAGGAAGCGGCGCACGGCGGGGUGUCUUCCCCCGGGUGCCGGCAGGAGGCACUCUCGGCCGCCCGAUGGAGCCGCCGGCCCCGAGCACGCGUCCCGAGCGCCCCGCGCAGUGCCCGUGUCCGCGGGGAGCGGGGUGGCGGCGCUCCCCUGCCGCGCUCCUCCCCGGGCGCUCCGCGGGGCGACGGCGGGGAAGCGGAGCCCGGGCGCGGGGCGCGGCGGGGCCGUCCCGGGAGCGGCUGCGGGGCAGCGCCGGGGGGCGGCGGACGCGGAGCUCCGCAGGUGCGGGCCGGGCCCUGCCUCCGCGCCGGCCCCGCUCAGGAAGUGACAAGCGCAUUUCCUCCCUCCUCCUCCUCCUCCUCCUCUCCUCCUCCUCCGCCCUCCCCGCCCGCAGCACGGCGGCGGCGGCAGGAGGGAGGGAGCGCGGCUCGGAGCGGUGCCCACAGCCGGCCCCGGCCGGGCCGCGCCGCCGCGCCGCCACCACGCCGGGACGUUUUUCCUAUUUCCUCAGAGACAGACAGAGGGAUUGGGGCUUCUGUAGUGCCAGCAGUAGUGGGGAGCAUCCCAGCCCGCACCCCCAGGCGCACGGCAUCCCGCCCCAUCCAGCAGGACUGUGCCGAGAGCCGGAGCUGCGCCAGGUUUGGGCUAUACGUGUUGCUGACACCUUAUGGGAACUGAGCGUGUGUUGGAGUAACAGAUGGGUAUUAUUCCAGCUUUGUGAAUGUCUCCCUGAGAUAUUAAAAACACCGGCUGGGCCCCAAGUCCCAGCUCUCGUGAAUGGCUCCCUGGAAAUGCUGUCGGGAGCGUUCAGGUGCUGCUUGGCUUUGAAACAAGUAAAUGCCGUGAGCAGGUGUUUGCUUUGCCUCCUUCCUCCUACAGAAAGGCUCCCUUUGAGGGAUGGCAAAGCAUCCAACUCCAUUCCUCGUCACAAAACAUCACCGUUCUGCCUUUACAUUGGUGCUUAUGGGGCUCUGUGAUGGGAAACACUCGAUGUCCCACACCAGUAGGGAUGGGCUGUGCCCAUGGGGAUGGCUGACCCCAGGAGAGCCCAGUCCUGCCCAGAGAGGCUGUGGGUGCCCUGUCCCUUUCGAGGCCAGGUUGGAUUGGACCCUGGGCAACCUGACCUAGUGCCUGAUUUAGUGGUUGGCGGCUAUGCCCGCAGCGAGGGGUUGGAACUGGGUGAUCUUUGAGGUCCCUUCCAACCCAAGCCAUCCUACGAUUCUCCAUUCUGGACACAGCAUUCAGGGGCUGCUGUGGGAUGUGCUCCCCAGAUCGGCUCCUUGGCAGCCCGCGCACGUAGGAGCCGUCUUCUGCUAACAGAUUGUGGUGUAUUUAAUGAACCCGAGGAAAAACAAGGAAUCCGAAGGCUGCGGGGCGAUGCAAGUUUGCUGUUCGGUCUGCCAAAUUCACGCUAAUUCCGACAACUCGCAGAUGUUUGGCUCCCUGUGUGUUAAGGAGAUUUAUGUAAGACUCAGGGCUGGGAAAUUCAUUCCCAGCGUGCUGGAGAGCCGAGCUGGCAGCGGCCGCGCGCGGGUGAAGGUUUCCUGUCCCUUUCCUUUGCCCAUUCCUUGCCACCAACAUUUCACUGCAACGUGCCCGUUGGCUGCUGGGAGGAUGGGUAAAGGUUCGUCUUCCAGAGCCAGCGAGCUCUGUGAAGGCUUUUUCCCAGCUGAGGAAUGAUAUCCACUGAGAUAGGGACGAUGAUCCAAUUGGGACCACAAUGAGGCGUGACCACAGCGGUGGCAUCAGUGGCCCUGUGGUUCUUUCUGCUUUAUGGGUUGGGCGCAGGUGAUGCACGCUGUAGGCAGGGACUGCCAGCUGAAAGCAUUCCAAACGCCGAGAACACUGUCUGCCUAAUUGAAUUUUUGGAAUAUCCUGAGUGAUCGUUUUUCUGCUGGAGGCUCUGCAGCCUUAGAGCUGUUACUGGUGAGAAUGGAGCGGGAGGAGAAGACCUCAGAAAGUCUGGAUGCGUGUACAUCCAGCAUCCCUGCUUUAAAUCCAGACACUUCCAUCACCCUGGUUCUUCAGGGACCAUCAGCCUCAAUCAGAUCUCUAGCUCAGCCUUGGAAAAGGGAGAAAUCUGCCUUGCUAACGGUACCCAAGUCUGAGAACGGUGCUGGAGUUCCAAGGUUCCCUGCAAGACGCCCAAGCUCUCGCUAGCAGUUGGCCAUGCUGUGGUUCUCUGGUUGCCACCAAUGCACUGCUGUUGAUGUUGAAGCCUGGGGGCUCUGGAGCAAGCAAAGCAAGGCUGGCUGAGAGCCUUGGAGGUUUGUCACCCCGGAGCUUUGACAUUUGGCUGUAAGUAGGUGGACGUCGUGCUGCAGAGGUAGGUAUUGAGAUGGGUUUACAUGCUGCCUGAAAUCGUUCACGUUUGAGAAUUGGGUCUGUAAAAAUGGCAUGGUGAGGCCCUGUUUACCAUCCCUGACCCAGAAGUUUCGGGUUGGAUAUGGGAAAACAGUGUGAGAAAGAAACAAGAAGUGAUUGAUUUGUUUCUAUUUACUAGAGCAGUGUACUCCAAGCAGUAAUUAAAAGUAAACCUAAGCUCUGCUGCCUUGUUCAGCAUCCCUGGUUGUUAAGGUUAAGAAGCUAAAGCAAUUCUCAGUUCAGCAAUUCCUCAACUUUUGGGAGCGUGGCCAACACUCACAGUGUCUCACAGACCGUUGCAAAUUCUUGUCAUAAAUCUCACAAUUGGAAAAAUACAGACAUUGAAAAGUGAGCUGGUUCUUUGGACUGGCAGGCUGGGCCCUGGUGCUGCUUCAGCUGCCCUUCCCAGAGACCGUCGUUGCUCCAGCUCCCUGGGCUCACUCGAUAAGCAAUGAUGGAAGGUUUUUCUCAAAGAGAACGUGCCAUUUUUACAGUCCUUUUUUUUCGGAUGAAAAUUGUCACAGAGUACGAUCAUAGAAUCGUAGGAUGGCUUGGGUUGGAAGGGCCCUGAGAGAUCAUCCCAUUCCAGAUCGCUCCCCUGGGCAGGGCUGAAAGCCCCUAAAUCAGGCACAGCUCAGACUGCUCAGGGUCCCAUCCAGCCUGGCCUAGGGCACCUCCGAGGUUGGGGCAUCCUUUAGAGGGUGUAUCUAAAUGGCCUGUGUGGCACCAUGCAGAAUUAUUGGUGGUAUUUCCUACCAAUUUCCUACCAGGUCCCCAGGCUGGGACCUGGGGAUGGCUCCCCUUGCCAUUACUUGCUGUCACGCAUGAGAUCCAUGCAGCAGACUGGACCCCAUGCAGUCGCUGCGCGCAUCCAGUUACCCCCUCUGUGCCAGCAGUCCCCUGUUUUGCACCUCAUGUUUGUUCUUUGCGGUGACUAAUUUUGCUCUCUUCUUUUCCUUUUCAGUUGCCAGGGAGGAAAAGGCAAAGUCACAGCCAGCACCACUUUCUUCAAGCUGAGAUGUUGAGACAAAGCACCUCUGACCCUGUCCUGUCCUUUCUCUCCAUCCCUUUCCGUCGUUUGUUUGUGAGGGAGUCCUUCCCCUGCCACUCCUAUUCCGGAGCCGCCGGCCGCAGCCCCCGCUGCUCUCAGCCCUUUUGGGGGAAAAUGCACUGAAAUGGGAGCUUGGCCAGAGCAUGGCUGACAACGACCUUUGCCUGGGCUCUGAUGGACUCCGACGCAGGACUGCAUUACCAUGGUGAUGAUCUUAACCAAAACUCGGGAAAACAAAGGUGCCGACUCUGUAACAUGCAGGACUGAGCUGCACACUCCAAAGAUGAGUCAAGGACCUACCCUCUUCUCUUGUGGCAUUAUGGAAAAUGACAGAUGGGGAGACCUCAGCAGGAAAUGUCCACUGCAGAUCGAGCAGCCGGGCACCAACAUCUGGGACUGCCUGGCCGACAAGGGCGAGGAGGGCACGCUGUGGCCGCGGGAGGCCACCAGCACCUGCUCGGUGACCAACCUCAUCAAAGAGCUCAGCCUCAGCGAUCCUCACAGCAACCCAUCGGCGCCGCCCAGCAAGCGCCAGUGCCGCUCGCUGUCUUUUUCGGAUGAAAUGUCCAGCUGCAGGACAUCAUGGAGACCUUUGGGCUCCAAGGUCUGGACGCCGGUUGAGAAGAGGCGGUGUUACAGCGGGGGGAGCGUCCAGCGCUACUCCAACGGCUCGGCCACCAUGCAGAGGAGCUCCAGCUUCAGCCUGCCGUCCCGCUCCCAUCCUCUGGCCUCGUCCUGCGACCACCGCCCAGGCUGCCCGCCGAGGAGAUCGGGGGCUGGAGGUGACGCCUGGAGCCCUGAGGGCGGCCGGGCGGACAUGCAGCGCUCCCUGUCCUGCUCUCAUGACCGCUUCUCCUCCUCGGAGCCCGGCCCGCCCUCAGCCAGCAGCACGCCGGCCUCCACGCCACAGCUGGGCCGCCGUGCCGGUGGGCUGUGCCGCAGCCGCUCGCAGCCCUGUGUCCUCAAUGACAAGAAGGUGGGUGUCAAGCGGCGCCGGCCCCAGGAUGCGCAGGAGCCACGGCCUUCGCUGGACCUGGCCAAGAUGACGCAGAACCGCCAGACCUUCAACAGCCUUAGCAGCCUUAGCACCGCAGCAGAGGAUAAUACCCAGCGGCUCCCCACCACCCGGCCAUGGACCACAGCCCCCCACUCCCCGGAGGUGAUGCCGGGCAGGACCCCCGCCUGCACCCCAGUGCCAGAGCCGCGCACGCGGGGCGAGGAGCGUGGGGUGAGCCGGGACGACCUGUCCUGCGAGGAGUCUGACGAGGGCGGUGGGAAGGAGGAUGACGGGACCCCGUGGAGGGGUGGCGGGGCGGGCACCCAGAGCCCCUUCCAGCUGGAUGGAGAAAUAGACAUCGAGCAGAUUGAAAACAACUGAGGACGCGGGGCUCAGCGUGCCGGGUUCUGGGGCUCGCAGUGGGGAAGGGUCCCCUGGGGGUCAGCGCGGGUUGUGCCGCACUGCCCGCGUCCCCCUGCCAGCUGGAGGGGACGAAGCAGCUUUGCCAAAAUUUCAUCAGGUAUUUAGAGCAAUUUUGUGUGUGUGUGCGUGUGUGUGUGUGUAAAUCUUGAAAUUCUUUGUAACUACUGUAGCCAGAUAUCAGCUAGUUUGGGAAAACCGCCUGUCAGACCUUGGAGACCAGAGGGAUGGUGAUCACCAAACAACACGCAUCCAUCAGUGAGAAAACAACUUCUGCAAAUGUAGGAUCACGGCUGAUGGAUCCAGCCAUGGCUUCCAGUUCACACAUGUGCUUGUUUGGAAAGCAAAAGGAAAAAAAAACACCCCCGGGGAGGACUGGAAAACUGGGGGAAGAAAGAGAAAGUCAGCUGAGAUUUGCCAACCGUGUAGUGGCGAGGCCAGGCUGGUGGUGGGGCUGCCGUGAUGCCCAGAGCCCACACUGAUCCUCCAGCCCCUGGCGGUGCCAUCAGAUGGAAACCGCAAUUCUUGCUGAAAUUUAUUGAUGGUAAGAGCUGGAUAUUUUUUUUUAUACAGAUUUUUAAUUUUCCUUUUCUCGAUGAGGAUCCAGCAGCGCUCGGCCCCUCGCCAACCAUUGCGUGGCUGCCACGCUCUUUUUGCUCUGACUGUGAAGUGGGUCCCUGUCCAACGCCAUAGGAUUACUUGACAAAAGUAAGCUGUCAAAAUGCUGAAAAUUCAGGUAGCAGCACUGAAAGCUUUUCCUCUCGCUGUGCCUUGUUAAAGCACAGAUAAAGUGGUGACCAUUACGUUUGUACGAGAUACACUCCUCCAUGAAAUAAGCUGUCCACUUGCUAACUGGUUUAGAAGGACACAUCCUUACUUUUUCCCCUUUUUCUUUCUUUUGUUUAAGUCUCUUGGAAAGCUGCACACGUGGCUUCCAGCGUCUUCUGCAGGUUCCUUGGGGCGAUUUCCCAAGCUCUGCAAAAGCACAAAGGGAAAAUGAAGUGAUAGAUCCCAAUAGAUCCCAACCCCUUUAGUAGGGGUCCGACACCCCACUGGGAGUCUGUAAGCCAGAAGAGGCUGAGAGCGGCCAAUGCAGGUUUACCGAUCCCUGCUGUUACGUUACUGCACUUUUCCUGCGGGGUUUUGGGCGUCCCCCCAUCCCAUCCACUCAUAGCUUUAUGCCUGCUUGUGGCCGCGGUCAUCUCAGCUCCCUGCAGAGCGGCGCCAGGGCCUUCUCCUGUUGGGGAAUCCUCCAUCUCUCUUCAAGUGUCUCUCAAUGCGUUGUUGAAAACAACCCACCCUGGCUGCACUCCCCUCGUGGGAGUCCCAUAGCCCGGAUCUGGAUAUGGCCCUACGUGUCAAGGGCUUUUGGGACGUGGUGUCUGCCGGCCCGUGUCCCCAGGAGCAACACAACCGCAUUUUGGCUUUGAGUCUUCCUGAUGUCCCAAACCCCCAUACAGCCCCGGGCUCCCGCAGAGCUCAGGGCACGCUCGCCUAUGCACACGCGGGGCUGUAACCACAAGGGCUCUCUUCUCCCUCCAAGGGCUGCUACCUAGGACAUGCUCACCCCAUGCAGUAGGACGGUGACCGAGCGGCCACCGGCCAUACCCGACACAGACGUAGCAUACAGUUUACAUACAGCACAACACGUUUGCCUUACUAAAGACGCUUCUCCAAUGAGUAAUGGCCUUAUACCGGGCACAUUAGCUUAGACACAGACUGCAGUGACGGUUUGUAGGCCACAGUGGUGUUCUGUUGGGUGUUUCUCUGUUGGUUUCGUAUGAUUUCAUGUACUUGUUUUCAGUUCGAGAAAGCCUUACUAUAAAGAACAGAAAAAAAAAAAAUCUCUCUCUCUGUAGAGGUAAAACAGUUGUGGAUUUAUAUAUAUAUAAAUAUAUAUAUAAAUAAAAAAAAAAUUAAAAAUAUUAAAUAUAAUAUAGUACGUGCCUCAGAUCCAGGGGACAUCCUGUUGAUUGUAGUCAGAUGUGGUGCGAGUUCCAUGAGAUCCAUUGCAGCCCAGGGGCUCCCGGGGCUCCUGUGGUUGUUAGAGGACCUCACCGGUGCCACUGGGGACCCCUGCAGCAAAGCCCUGCCAGAACGUGGUACUGCAGUGCAGGUGGAGGCCUUUGCUUGCAGCUCGCAGGCUCUUGGUCGUGAAGAUGCCCAUGGUUUGUUGAAGGCUUGACCCAAUCCGACAGCUUCAGGAUGACAGCAGGCCAUGGCAUCAGCAAUAAGAUUGCAGCAGUAAGGAAAUAAAGGGUUUGGAUAGGGAAACGCUUAGCACCGGUAACACACGCACGUGUUUCGAGCCUGUUCUAAGGAAGAUUACAUCUUGGACAAAAAGAUGGGAAGAAGUGUUUGUAACAUAGAUUGUAAUUUUUCACGUUAUAGCAUAGCCUCCUUGGCCAAUACAGUUGUGUUUUCAGUGCUUUGUUUCAAAGCUCCUGGCUGAACAGGAUAACAGACUGACGUAGGAUAUUCUAGGAUUGUAGCAGUGCUUUACGGAGUUUAUGUUUUCGAUGUGGAAGAAAUCAAAAGAAGAGGAUGGCCAAAAAAAAAAAAAAAAAAAAAACCCACAACAAAAAGAAAUACAACAACAACAACAAAAGCCUUCUGAAGCUCUGCCCCGUCGUAGCAACAUCUCUGCACACUGCACAAGCGCAGAGGUAUGUGCAUGCUCGGGCCAUUGCAGGUGGCCCCGGGGUGGGCGAGAAGACUGCUGACCUGUCCCCUCUCCAUGACUUGAUUGCACUAGAGCAGCUCAGUCUCAGGAAAUUGCUUGUUACUUUUACUGUGUAAAUAAAGCUUCCUGGUUCCGUA